GACAGCUUCAUUAAGAAGAUCUUGAAAAACGCGCAAAAUAGCUCUACAAUUAACAUGUAUCACAACCUGCGUACACAGAAGUAAACAUGAGUAAUGCAAAGAAACAGAGGAAUCUAUACACUGCGAGAAUAAGGGUGGAAAUUGCUACUGCUAAAGGUCCUAGAAAGAGAUCAAUAGAUCAACAAGACUCCGCACAUUCAAGAAAGAAAGAUGAAGUUCUAAAAAUUGAAAAAGAGAAAGACUCGACAUCAUUACAAAACGGAGAAAAGAAACAAUCUAGAGCAAACGAAACAAAGAAACCAACUUCUGGAAAAGAUAUGAAACCUCCUAUAGUACAGAUGAAUGGUGCGAGAAGACCCUCCAUUGAAAAACAAAAAACUACCUUGUCUACAGCGAGAGCGAUGGGAGAAAUAGUUUCAAAUAUAAAGAAAUCACCAUAUCCAAUGUCAGCAAAAACAGCUAACGUGUCGUUUGGUGGCGUUCAAUUGUUGGGCACACCUUCAUCAGAAGGCACAGACGACAACCUACCGAAUGUCGAAAUAGAACACAAACACGUGCCGUCAGCGUCCAUUUUGAAAACGGUUAGAGGUGCCACGCCAGAAGAACUAGAGAAGACUUAUUUUCCAUAUACAAAUAGCAAUGGCGUACCAUUAUACCAAGAUUCGGAUGACCCUAAGGAUGAAGCUGAAAUAGACAUCCCAUCAGACGAUUCUCAUUCAGUUUCGCUUAGUUCAUCGUCAGAUGAUGAAGACUCUCCUAGAGAAAAUGUGGUUGUUGAAAAUCCUCGUCUCCCGCGGCAACCAUCAAGCAGACUAGAUGUCAUCAAAACUUUUUUGAAUGUAGUCGUCAUAGGUCACGUUGAUCAUGGCAAGUCAACAAUGAUCGGUCAUUUAGCUCAUAAAUGUGAUGCAGUUGACAACGAAACUAUCAACCAACUAGCAAAAGAAUCUGAAAUGUGUGGCAAGUCGUCCUUUAAAUUUGCCUGGGUUAUGGAUCGACUUAAAGCUGAGAGACAACGAGGUGUAACUAUUGACAGUAAAAUAAGACGGCUCGAUUCCAGACGAUUCCACGUUAAUAUGAUUGACGUCCCUGGACAUAAAGAUUAUGUACAUAAUAUGGUUACUGGGACCACACAGGGUGAUGUCGCUUUGUUAGUAGCGUCUGCAGAACAUGGAGAAUUUGAAUCAGGUCUAAAAAAAAGAGGACAAACGAGAGAACAUCUACAGCUGGCCUACAAUACUGGCAUUAAGCAACUCAUUGUAGUGAUCUCCAAAAUGGACUCUAUUGACCCUGCUUAUAAUGAAGUACGAUUUAGAUACUGUAUAGAUAAUAUUGCUCUUCUUGCAAAGAAAGUUGGUUUUGACGUGGAAACUGUACCAUUUAUUCCUAUUUCUGGUUGGGAAGGUGAUAAUUUAAUUACACCAAGCUCCAAAAUGCCUUGGUUUUCCUCUUGGAAGGUAAAACGAAGAUCAGGUGGUGCUUCCGGAAAAACACUCUUAGAUGCAAUAGACAGCUCAGAAAUGCCAUUUCGCAUGACAGACCGGCCAUUACGUGUACCUAUACAUACAGUUUACAAACUUGGAGAAAUAGGUAUUGUGACAGCUGGAAGGAUACACUGUGGUUAUAUACGACCAGACAUGGGUGUCAGUUAUGCACCAAACAAUAUACAUCCUAAGGUACGGGCAGUGCAAGUAUUUAGAGAAGUUAUGGAUGAAGCAAGGCCAGGUGACAAUGUUGGGAUACAGAUAGAGAAUUAUACACUUAAAGAUAUCAGGAAAGGUGAUGUAUGUGGGGAUACCUGUGACGAUCCUCCACAGUCUGUCACACAGUUUACUGCUCAGAUCAUGAUUUUAAAUCAUCCGGGUACAAUAAAGAAGGGGAACCAAGGGAGAGUUCCAAUUUAA